CUAAAAUACCAGUAUUGUAAUAAUCAUAUAAUGCAAUGAAGGGCCUAGAUGAGGUGAGAGAGAUGAAGGUGAUAAAGUUUACCGUUACAUUAUUAAUCACCACGAUUCUGUUUCUACUGUUCUUCCCCAAAAAGAGCAUAAACCCCUCUUUUCCACAGCCACCACAGCGAGAUUCCUCUUCCUCCUCCAUGUCCAGGGCGCGAAGCUUUGUUCUGUGGCUUCACGGUCUGGGUGACUCCGGCCCAGCCAACGAACCCAUCAAAACUUUGUUCACUUCUCCCGAAUUCAGAGACACCAAAUGGUCCUUCCCUUCUGCCCCUUCCGCCCCCGUUACUUGCAACUAUGGUUCUGUAAUGCCUUCGUGGUUUGACAUUCUCGAGAUUCCUGUCACAGCUGAAUCUCCAAACGACGAGAGUAGUUUACUUAAAGCUGUUCAAAAUGUGCAUGCUACUAUAGACAGGGAAAUAGCUGCUGGUGUAAACCCCAAAAAUGUAUUUAUCUGUGGAUUCAGUCAAGGAGGUGCCUUAACCUUGGCUAGUGCUCUACUGUACCCUAAAACUUUAGGUGGAGGUGCAAUCUUUAGUGGUUGGGUUCCAUUCAAUUCUUCUAUUACAGAACAAAUUACGCCCGAGGCAAAGCAGGAAUUAGGUGAUGUGGCAUUAAGCUGGUGGGAAAUAUUUGUUGCAACUUUUCACGCCAGAGCACUGUAGCAACUUCUUGCUUUUAUGCGUUACCUGGGACACAGAAAAAGAUACAGAAAAUAUUCAUAACGAAUAUACUCUCUACUCUUGCUGUUUUUUCGAUCAAAAUCUGCUGUGUGACUGGUUUUAUUCAUGAAUUAGUUCCCCUACUCUUUAGAUUAAGGGAUUUUCGGAGUCUAACUCCCUAAAUCCAAAGUUCCAAAGUCCAACUACCCUAUUCAUGAAUAAAUUCAGGCAGUGGCGGACUGCCAGAUUGGCCUAAAAGCAGUUUCAUAGGUUUUUGGGUUGGUUGGUUGUUACCCGCGGUUGGUGAAGGACUUAGUAAAAUUGCAAAACCGUUGACAUAUAUGUUACAACAUUUUCAAAUAGUGCCUGUCUUCCAAGGAUUGAAAAAUGUUCUUAUUUUAGCACGGUACUGGCUCUCCCCAAUUUUUCUAAGA